UAGGAGGAGGUUGAGGCCUGAUGCCUGAGCUGUCAGUCUUCCUCCUCCGCGUCGUCGUCGCGCACGCGCGCACACCCAGCGUCCCUCCCUGACCAGCUGUACACACACAUAUACACACGCGAAAAGGCACAGCCCAGCUGCGCUGCCGCCGCUGCACAGCUGGGCGCGGCCGUGGCGGAGCUCGGAGACCCCUCCCUCCUUUAAUUAGGGUGGCCGCUGAGCCGAGCCCGGCCAUAAAGCCGGCCCCCCGGCAGGCCGCGACCCCUGCCCUGCCCCGGACACCCCAUCCUGCCCUCGCCCUGCGCUCCGUCUCCGUCCCUCCGUCUUCCCGCCGCGGUCUCUCUCUUUCCUCUUGCUAGAGAGGGAAGGGAGAGCGGCAGGGAGGCGGCGGACGAGGACGAGGACGAGGAGGGGGAGGAAGGAACAACAAGCACAGCAGCAGCCAGCAGGGCCCGGCCGCGAUCCGUCCUCGCUCCCGCUCCCCGGUCGACCAAAUCCUUCUCCAGGCGCCGCACCGACGACGACGACAUGGCCGCUGCCGGGCACGCCGUCGUGCCCAAGUUCGGAUCCUGGGACGCCGAGAACAUCGGCUACACAGUCUUCUUCGACAAGGUGCGCGACAACAAGCCCGCGCCUCCCAACAAGCCGCCCGCCGCUGGCGCCAGCGACGACUUCGACCCGUACGAGCACUACGAGAACCUCAGCAGGAAGGUGCCGUCGCGCCCGCCGAGCUCGCACGGCGGCCACGGCCAUGCGCCGGCGCCCGCCACCAAGGCGCCCGCGCCCGGCGGCGGCGGAGGGUACGACUUGGACCCGUACGAGCACUACGAGAGCCUCAGCAGCCGGAACGUGCCCUCCCGGCCGCCGAGCUCGCACGGCCACGCGCCGGCCGGCUACGACUACUACGACCGUUACGAGCACUACGACAAUCUCAGCAGCAGGAACGCGCCGGGCCGCCCGCCGAACUCCCACGGCCACGCGCCGCCGCCGCCGCAGCAGCAGCACCAGCACCAGCACCCCGGCGGCCACGGGUACCACCACCGGCGGACCGGGAGCAACGGCAGCAACGCGGCGUCCGAGGCUAGCAGCCGCGGCAGCAAGUUCUCGCCGCCCAGGCCGUACCAGCCCAGGUACAGCAGCAACAACUACCCGGCGCAGCCGCAAUCCGGCGGCCACGGCGCCGCCCAGUACCACCACCGCCAGCAGCAGCACGGCGCCGCCCACGCCCAGUACCACCACCACCAGCAGCAGCAGCACGGCGCGCCGAGGGCGGCGUCCCCCACGCCGUCGCCGCCGCGGCACCACCAGCCCCCGCCCCCGCGGCGGCCCAAGCCGUCGGCCGUGCCCCGGUUCGGCGUCUGGGACGAGCAGAACGCGGCGAUGGCGGCGCAGGGGUUCACCGUGCAGUUCGAGAAGGUGAAGCGGCACCGGGAGGAGGCCAGGACGGCCCCCGCGCCGCCCGCGCCGCGGCCGCAGGAGACGCUGCCUCCCGAUCACGCGGCGGGGGCGGCGGGGGCGCGGCGGCACGCGAAGAGGAAGCCCAAGAGGUCCUUCAUGUCCAGGAUGUACCGGUGCCUGUUCCCAAGGGUCAGAGAGUGGGAGUGAGUGAUCGGGUGAGGCCGCAGCUCGGUAAAUUACUAGUAGUGGUAUAAUCCGACGUUCAUUACCACUCAAUCAUCAAUUCUACUCGAUUUCUUCCUCACAGACUGUACUAUUCUAGUUCUACUUGAAAAUUUGUUCGUUCUUUGGUCAUUACUUCUGUAUACUGUAUGUAUAAGCUCCCAGUAUUAUUAGUACAAAUUGCACCAAAGAUCAUGUUGGAGUA